UGAGGUGCAUUCGCUGCAAAAUAUAUUAGUGGACCUUUAAAUUCAACGCAUUGCCGCCUGUGCUAGUAUAAAGGGAUAAUUUUAAUUUUCUUCCUGUCCUCGUCUCUCCAAUACACCUGGGCUUUGGAUUACCUUACUUUCAGGAUAUCCGCGUACAUUUGAGCUACUGUUGACAUCUAAAGAGGAAAACCAAAGGAUUUGUGUCUUGGAAAGAUUUUCUCUCUGCUGCUUUGUGAAAGUCCUACUUAAUGCUCUGAUGGGAGACUCCGGAACAAGACGCUCAACUCUAGUCUCCAGAUUGCCAAUAUUCAGAAGAAAUACAGGCAAGAGGCAGGAAUCCUUGCCAUCUUCUCCCUCCUCUGGCAAUGCAAAUGGUGUUCAUACUUCCUCUUCCCCUUCCAGCACUAACUCUAGUUCUAGCAGCACUGGUAAACGCAGAAGCAUAUUCAGAACUCCAUCUAUUGGCUUCCACAGCAAAAAGAGCAUUGAACACAAGCUUGACACUGCUGAACCUGUGGAUCUCUGUUUAUCUAAUGGUAGUCAGUCCUCAGCUUCUGGGUUGGAGAAAGGAGAUUCAGAAGAUGGUGUUAAGUACAAACCAAGGCAUUCAUUUGGCUUUGGAGGUCACAGAGGUAAAAAAAUCACCAGGUCUCAAACUGAAGAUUUUGAAAGGGGAAAGGAACAGUCUAUCAAUAGGAAUGUAUUUAUCAACUGCAUCAGUUCAGGAACGAAUGAAGGAGAUGAUUCUGGUUUUUUGGAUGAUUAUAGUAAGAGGGCAUCAAAACACUCCAGCAAAAAGCUGCUGCUACCCAAGUCAUUUUCAUCACACUACAGGCUUUCGAAACAGAGUCACUCAUUAUGUACAGUGAACCACCCAAGAGAGUCCUUUAAAGUGUCAAUGAACAGUGAGCAUGCUAACUUGCAGACUCCUAGUUCAUGUCCCAGUGAAACUCCUGAAACCUCUCUGCCAUCCCCUCUGUUUUCAUCAGAUCACACCACUGCACAUACACCUUCUGAAUUUAUUCCCAUAACUGAAGACACUGUCUCAGAAGCAGAUAUAUUAUUAAAGUGUAGCCCUGUAGUGUCCCAUCAUGAUAUUGCUACCUCAGAUGUUUGGGAAAACCAAGCCACAUCUACAACAGAAUCAAACCCUUUGCUGUGCAAAGACAGCAUUCAGCAAACGCUCACAAGCACUUUGAAUACAGAAAGCACUAAAACUGUAUUCAAGAAGGAAUCCCUUGAACUCCAUGUUUCUGAAGAAUGCAUUGAAGAUGAGAAAAUAUCAAAAAACACAGAAAGAAAUGUAGACCCUUGGCAGAUUGAUGAUCUUUCACAGAUCACUAACAAUGCUUACUGUAGUAGAGCUGCUCAUGUUGUGGUUGAUACAGACUCUGAGAGGACAUUCAGAAAAGAGGUUUCACAAGCAUCUGUAACUGUAAAGCCUGACAUAAGGCAGUGCUUUCCAAGAAGUUCGCACACAGUAGGUGCUGUAAGUAGUCCCUUUCGUGAAAUAAUUCGGACAGAGAGACGUUUAAGGUCAUCAUCAGAAGGUACUGCUGGAAGCUCCAGGCUGCAUCUCAAUUUAAAAGAAAUGUAUGCUGGAGAACUUGGUAGUCUUAAAAAGCAAAGAGCCAGCUCCUCAUCUUCUAAACUGGACAGCCUGGAUGUCCUAAAUAAUCUUGGCUCCUGUGAGCUUGAUGAAGAUGACCUCAUGUUAGAUUUGGAUUUUCCAGAAGAUCAACGUCAUCGCUUCGUUUGCCGUGAGGAUUCAAGCCAGUCAAUUUCCUCAUGUUUGGCAGUAAUGCAUUCACCAAUGGAGAAAAUAAAUGAUAAGAUUCCAGCCAAGGAAGUGAAAGCCAUAGAUACUUCAAACAGCAGAGCCAUUACAGUCCCAUCUCCGAAGGACCCAUGUUUGGGUGAAAGAAGGCCAGCUACAAGUUGUCUUUCUGGUGUACCUGCAGCAGAAUGCCAUUCUCAAAGAGAAGAUGAACUUGUAGGUUUAGAAGCCAUGCCCUUCAGGUUGAUGAUGCAAGACUGUACAUCUGUGAAAACUUUAUUGCUGAGAUUAAAGCGAAUGCUCCAAGAGAGUGCAGAUAUGAGUCCUGCAACCAGUAUCCAUUCUCUUCCAGUCAGCCCAAGUACUGAGAAACCAUUGCCAUUCACUUUGAAGGAUUUAACAAAGGAGGAAGGUACCCCAUUGAUGCUGCAGCUCAAGGAAAAGGACGAUAUAAUUUUGAAACUACAAGAUGAACUGGUAAGAAAAAAAUGGCACAAUUAUUAUCCAAUUAGAAAUUCAAAAUAA